AUGUCGGAUACCAUCCUCCAGCCAGAUGAGCCGCAGACGGCUGGCACAAUUGAGUUGAAGGAGAACACUGUCAUUGUUGUCCUAGGUGCCUCUGGUGAUCUGGCGAAGAAGAAGACCUUCCCAGCACUUUUCGGCUUGUACCGCAACAAGUUCCUUCCCAAAGACAUCAAAAUCGUCGGAUAUGCUCGUACCAAGAUGGACCACCCCGAGUACCUCAAAAGAGUUCGCUCAUACAUCAAGACCCCUACCAAGGAAGUCGAGGAGCAACUCGACCAGUUCUGCUCUAUCUGCACCUACAUAGCUGGCCAGUAUGAUCAGGACGGCCCAUUCCAAGAGUUAGACAAGCACAUCAACGACAUUGAGAAGGAUCGCAAGGAAGGCAACCGUGUCUUCUACAUGGCCCUGCCUCCCUCGGUCUUCAUCACAGUCUCUCAGCACCUCAAGCGCAACUGCUAUGCGAAGAACGGCAUCAACCGUAUCAUCAUUGAGAAGCCUUUCGGCAAAGAUCUUGGUUCCUCUCGCGAGCUGCAGAGUGCCCUUGAGCCAGACUGGAAAGAGGAGGAGAUCUUCCGUAUCGACCACUACUUGGGCAAGGAAAUGGUCAAGAACCUGCUUAUCAUUCGAUUCGGCAACGAAUUCCUAGGCGCCAACUGGAGUCGGAGACACAUCGAUUCCGUUCAGAUCACCUUCAAGGAGCCAUUCGGUACUGAGGGUCGCGGCGGUUAUUUCGACGAGUUCGGCAUCAUCCGCGACGUGAUGCAGAACCACCUGCUUCAGAUUCUGACCCUCCUCGCCAUGGAACGACCCAUUUCGUUCUCUUCUGAGGAUAUCCGCGAUGAGAAGGUCCGUGUUCUCCGUGGCAUGCCAGCCAUUGAGCCUAAGAACGUCAUCAUUGGACAGUAUGGCAAAUCUCUUGAUGGCACCAAGCCCGCCUACAAGGAGGACGAUACUGUGCCCAAGGAUUCUCGCUGCCCUACCUUCUGCGCUAUGGUCGCCUACAUCAAGAAUGAGCGCUGGGACGGUGUUCCUUUCAUCCUGAAGGCCGGCAAAGCUCUCAACGAGCAGAAGACCGAAAUUCGCAUCCAGUUCAAGGAUGUCACCUCGGGUAUCUUCAAGGACAUUCCCCGCAACGAGCUUGUCAUUCGCAUUCAGCCCAACGAAUCCGUCUACCUCAAGAUGAACUCCAAGCUGCCUGGCCUCAGCAUGCAGACCGUUGUUACCGAGCUCGACCUCACCUACCGCCGCCGCUUCUCCGACCUCAAGAUCCCUGAAGCUUACGAGUCGCUCAUUCUCGAUGCUAUGAAGGGCGACCACUCCAACUUCGUCCGUGACGACGAGCUCGAUGCUUCGUGGCGUAUCUUCACUCCUCUCCUCCACUAUCUCGACCAAAAGAAGGAGAUCGCUCCUAUGGAGUACCCCUACGGUUCGCGUGGCCCCGCUGUCCUCGACGACUUCACCGCCUCCUACGGCUACAAGUUCUCCGAUGCCGCCGGCUACAGCUGGAACACCGCUUCCAAUCACCAGAAGCUGUAG